AUGAAUCGCAUGGAUUUGAACAAAGGACGUGAGGGCUGCUAUAACGCGGCAAGUCCAUCGACUAGGCCGUACGUUUCGAUGCCAAAUAUAUCACUAUUCCCGUCGGAACUUGUUGAUUACCCGUUGUGGUGGACUGACCCUGCGUUCUUGGUGGAAUCACCGGAAAGUUGGCCAUCUGUUGUUACUCGUUCAGACAACACAGAUGCUCAUAUUUCCACUGAAGCUCAAAAAUGUACUGUUCUCCUAACUAAGACUACAUGUUCAAUUACUGAUGUUCUGCAUCGUUUCUCGUCGUUCAAUAAAAUUCUUCACAUUGUCGUCUACUGUUUUCGUUUCUCGAAAACACGUCCUUUUGCAUUUACACAGAUUGUUAAUGCGAGUGAACGAGAACGAGCCUUGUGGGGCUUAGUGUAUUCCGUCCAACAAACAUCAUAUUCCGAAGACAUAUCCUCGUUAAAAAAUGGAUUGCGUUGUUCUCCUGUCAUUCGGAAAUUAGAUCCUUUUAUUGAUGGACAUGGACUUCUGAGAGUGGGUAGGCGUCUCACGAAUGCUGAUCUUCCGCAAUCUCACAAACAUCCACUUCUCUUGCCAUGCCAACGUCGAUUAACGUUGUUACUCAUUGACUAUCAUCAUCAGAGACUGAAGUAUCCCGGAUGCGCAUCCCUUCAAGCGCAUUUACAACGUGAAUUUUGGAUACCGUCUGUACGGAAGAUUAUUCGAUCUCGGAUACGGCUCUGUAUCUCACGUUUCCGCACCAGGCCACGUGCAGUUCAGGCAAAGAUGGCCAGUCUGCCGAGCUUUCGAGUGCAGCAAGUAAAACCGUUUGCAAUAACCGGAGUGGAUUAUGCUGGACCAGUCACGUUGAAGGAAGCACGUGGACGAAGUGACUGCGGGACCAAUUUCGUCGGAGCGUCACGAUUAUUGACCCCCCUACAUCAUUUCACGCAUUCGAAAAGUUUUCAAGAUAGUGUUCAUCAUUACCUCGCUAAACACCAAAUAACUUGGCACUUCAAUCCUUCCGAAUCUCCCCAUUUUGGGGGUUUGUGGGAAGCCGGAGUAAAAUCCACAAAGUCAUUAAUUCUUCGGUCCAUUGGAUUACAGAAAUUGACCAGUGAGGAAUUUUUGACACUUCUCACUCAAGUAGAGGCAACAUUAAAUUCUCGCCCAUUGUGUGCUAUCAGCAACGACCCAGGUGACUUAGAAGCGUUGACGCCCAGUCAUUUUUUGACUCUUGAACCUUCCACCUCGCUUCCAGAACCAAGUCUUGUCAAUCAACCAAUGUCAAAGUAUCAGCGAUGGUGCCUCAUUACUGACUUACAUCGCCAUUUCUGGACCAGAUGGAAGAACGAAUACCUCAGUAGUCUUCAGCUUCGUAGAAAAUGGACGGAACCAGGUCAAGAAUUACGCGUUGGUGAGCUUGUCCUCGUGAAAGAAGCGACGCAUCCUCUUCGUUGGCGGAUUGGACGAAUACGUGAACUCCAUCCUGGCUCCGAUGGGACUUCCAGAGUGGCCACUUUAGAAACUACUUCUGGACCGUUGACACGCCCAGUUGUCAAGGUCUGUCCACUCCCAAUGUCUUGAAGGGAUAUUCCUUCAAAGUGGGCGGUGAUGUUCGCGCCAAGCAAUUAAUGCGCGACGGUGACAUCUUCUCUCCU